CGGCAAUGUGGAUUUGAUGGGGCUAGAUACAAAAUUGCGCGCAAAAGUAAGAGUAGCCUAUAUAAAAUAACUGAAAAGAAUAUUUGGACCAACAUUUCAGACUUCUGACAAGGUUGUCUGGUGAAGUGACAUCCCUGUCCAGUGGGGGAAAGCCACCAUGCCAUUUGGCUGUUUGACACUUGGGGAGAAGAAGGAUUACAACAACCCUUCAGAGGUUACUGACAAAUAUGACCUCGGACAGGUGGUCAAAUCGGAGGAGUUCUGUGAGAUUUUUAGGGCGAAGGACAAGAACACGUUGAAAAUGUUCACGUGUAAAAAGUUCCUGAAAAAGGACGGGAGAAAAGUAAGGAAAGCAGCGAAGAACGAGAUUGUGAUCUUAAAGAUGGUAAAACAUCAUAACAUCCUCCAGCUGGUUGAUGUGUUUGAGACAAGAAAAGAGUAUUUCCUCUUCCUGGAGCUAGCUACAGGCAGAGAGGUGUUCGACUGGAUCUUAGACCAAGGCUACUACUCUGAGAGGGAUACCAGCAAUGUGGUCAGACAGGUUCUAGAAGCUGUGGCUUACCUGCACUCCCUGAGAAUAGUCCACAGGAACCUCAAGCUGGAGAAUUUGGUGUACUUCAAUCGUUUGAAACACUCCAAGAUUGUGAUAAGUGACUUCCACUUGGCCAAGCUGGAAAAUGGACUCAUCAAAGAUCCGUGUGGAACCCCAGAGUACCUGGCUCCGGAAGUGGUUGGAAGGCAGAGAUAUGGAAGACCUGUGGACUGUUGGGCCAUUGGGGUCAUCAUGUACAUUCUUCUGUCUGGAAACCCUCCUUUCUACGAGGAAACCGAUGACGACGAUUAUGACAACCACGACAAGAACCUUUUCCGCAAGAUUCUGUCAGGGGACUUUGAGUUUGAUUCCCCGUAUUGGGAUGAUAUAUCAGACUCAGCUAAGAGCCUCGUGGCAUGUCUAAUGGAAGUGGACCAAGACCAACGGCUAACAGCACAGGAGGCUAUCAACCAUGAAUGGAUUUCUGGGAAUGCUGCAUCAGACAAAAACAUUAAGGAUGGAGUGUGUGCCCAAAUAGAAAAGAACUUUGCUAAAGCCAAGUGGAAGAAAGCCGUACGUGUCACAACCCUCAUGAAGAGGCUCAGAGCACCGGAGCAGAGUGACUCAGGGGCCUCCAGUCCUGCUGCCGGGCCUUCAUCUGGCCCAGGCAGCACUGCUGCUCCUCCAGCCCAGGAUCCUGAGGGUGUCCCCUCUGGCACAGAGGCCUCUGCCAGCCUCCCGGCUCCAGACACACUGGGUUCAAGCGCCAUCACACCUGAGCCCUCCCAGCCCAGCCCGGCUCUACAGGAGGUGGGGCCCCAGGCCAGGUGUAAUGGGGAUGCUCCUCUGCAGACCUCCCCACCAACACAGGAGGAUCAGAAUGGCUAGGCUGAGCAUCUUUGCCACAAUACGUACACCAUGUAAA